CCAGAGACACUCUUAGGAUAGAGAUCGCUUAUCCUUUUCCCCUCACUCUAAAAAAAAUUAGAAUGAUCCAAUUUUUUUAAAAAAAUAUUGAUAAAAAAAAAGUUGAAUUAUUGUAAUAUUAAAUUUAAAGCAAAAUGUGUAUUUGUGUAGGACGAAAGACCACGUGUAAAAAGGGGCAAAUCGGCCGUCAAAUUGUUUAUCUCUGUCAAAGCCGCCGCCUCCUCCAUUCUCUCUCUCUCUCUUCCACCUCCGCCCACCUUCUUCCUCCAUUCUCUCCUUUUUCUCUCUCUUCUUUCUCUCUCCUCUUCUCUUCUUCAUGAAUCCCAGUCGUACAGCCGUUUCUGGCCCCACCUUCCCAACAACACCCACAUAAAAAAAAUCCCCUAAAAAAAAUGACACAAAUUACAGCACACUCUGUAGUUUAUGCUGUGUGAUUCGCACUUUUUAGCAUACUCAACUCCAGAAUAAAAAUACCCACAAAUUUUAUUUAUUAUUCUUUGCAGAAUUUGAUUGAGCUUUCGACUUUUCUCUCUUUCUUCGCAAUCUUCGAUCCAAUCGAGGGAUUGGUUUUAGUGGUGGUUUGUUGGAGUUUUAAGUCUGUCAUAAUGUUGGAAGGUAUUUCAAUUCCUUUUUCAAGAGACUUGCCUAUUGCUUUAGAGCAAGAGUGUGACUGGAUGUUUGAUGGAUUUAGUUUAAUGGAAACCUCAAAUUAUAAGCGAAAAUCGGAAGAUGGGGAUGAUUGUAAACUUGGGAACUCAAUUAAGCUGUUGAAAAUCAGUAAGACGGGAGAAAUGGAAGUCGAUUUUUUAAACCUUUCCCUUUCUUUAGUUGUAAGUCCGUCUGAUAGCAUCGACAAUGGUGGGGAUAUGUCUGAUACUAGUUCCCUCAUUCACCAAAUUGGAAGGGACAACUCAAUUGAUAGUAUAGCUCGCUGCUCUAGGUCUGACUAUGGGUCUAUUGCUUUGGUGAAUCGUAGCUUUCGUUCUCUGAUUGAGGGCAAAGAACUGUACAAGUUAAGGCAGCAAAUAGGGAUUGAAGAACAUUGGAUUUACUUCUCUUGCAGCCUGCUUGAGUGGGAGGUAUUUGAUCCCAUUCGGCUUAGAUGGAAGCACUUGCCAAUUAUGCCUUCCAAUGACUGCUUCAUGCAUUCUGACAAGGAGUCAUUGGCUGUUGGUACUGAGCUUUUGGUCUUUGGAAAGGGUAUAACAUCUCAUCUCAUAUACAAAUAUAGCCUUUUGACGAAUUCAUGGUCUGUAGGCAUGGAGAUGAACACACCUAGGUGUUUAUUUGGUUCUGGUUCACUGGGUGAUAUUGCCAUUGUAGCUGGUGGCUGUGACUUUUCGAGGAAUGUAUUUUCCUCGGCCGAACUAUACAACUCAGAUACUGGAAUGUGGGAAACUCUCCCAAGCAUGAAUAAAGCUAGAAAAAAAUGCUCUGCAGUCUUUAUGGAUGGGAAGUUUUAUGUGAUUGGGGGACUUGGGGCCGGAAAUUCAAAUCCUUUGACUUGUGGUGAGGUUUAUGAUCUGGAGAGACGGACUUGGACCUUGAUACCAGAUAUGUUUCCUUUGAGGAAUGUUGAGCCAGGUGCCCCUGAGGCAUCUGCUAUGUCAGAGGCAGGGGCACCCCCUCUUAUUGCAGUUGUGAAUAACGAGCUUUAUGCAGCUGAUUAUGCUAGAAAAGAAAUUAGAAAAUACAUUAAAAGCUCGAACUCGUGGGCUACUGUUGGAAGUUUGCCUGAGAGGGUAGUCUCGAUGCAUGGAUGGGGUCUAGCAUUUCGAGGUUGUGGUGAUAAGCUAAUUGUUGUAGGUGGGCCUAGGGGUUUGGAAGGAGGCUACAUCGAGGUGAAUUCUUGGGCGCCCUCUGAAAGCCCACAACAGUGGACUGUGCUCGGUAGAAAGCCUGGGGGGUUCGUGUACAACUGUGCCAUAAUGGGAUGCUAAUAAGAUUAUAGGAUGCACCACAUUGGUGCUCUAUGAUUAAGAUUGCCAAAUGCCGAACACCUUGAAAGUUUUCUUUUGCUAUAAAGGUUCUUGCCAUUCUGCAUGGAGUUUCAAUUUGUACCAAUUGCAUAUUCAUCUUUCAGCAUCACCGGAGGCUAUGUUGAGCAUUAGUCUCAUGCUGAACAGAUAUGGAUCAAUAACUUGAAGCAGUGAGCCAAUUUAGUCUGGUAUCAAUUUAGUAGAAAGUUAUUGUUCUUAAAUUGAGGGGUUCCUUUCACUUUCCUUCUCUUCGUCGGCAUCUGACUGUUUACUAUUUUAUAAAACUUCAGUUUAGCUUGACUAUGCUUUGCUUCUCAUCAAUUUUUAAUUGAUAUUCAUUGGUCUCUUGAAGCUA